AUGACCGUGACCCAGUAUGCUGCAAAAUUUGAAGAGCUAGCCCGUUACGGAACCAGAUACGUAGCAAAUGAUGAAGAGAAAGCAAGGAUGUUCGAGUGGGGACUGGACCUUACAAUCAGGGGAAGAGUCCUUCCGCAACGACUCCCCUCAUAUGCCGAGGUGCUGGAAAUGACAUUAGAAUCUGAAAGGGAAGUGAACAACGCCAGGAAGGCUUGGAACGAGAGAAAAGGGAGUCAGGCGUCUAUUGGACCUCAGAGGAUCCAGAAAGGAAGCGUGACCGCAAAGCCCUACUCCAGACCACAACCACAACAGCAACGACAACAACUGCAGCAACAGAUCCAGAGAGGAGGCUACCAACAAAGGCCGGUGGGACAAAUCCAGUGCUUUCAUUGCCAACAAUUAGGGCACAAAAAGAGUGAAUGCCCCCAACUCCCUCCAUCGGGAUACCAAGGAGGAGGUUCCAGAGCAAAUGCCCAGGCAUUAUGA